UCCCCGCAGCCACGGCGUCGAUGAGCAGCAGUGGAGCAGCUCCAUUCUAACUGAAUGGACUGGUAUGGGGAGAAGCGGACCUCAAAACUCGGCUAAGCGGCGGCUUUGGAACUGUAUAACUCUGACCAUGGUUUUACUCUCGUUGCUGUUUCGACCAGCUCACUGCCAGCAGUGUCGAAUUCAGCGCUGCAAUGCGGAGUACGUGACCUCUACCUCGCCCUCUAGUGGUCUACAGGAGGAGGUGCCGCCAGACGUGGAUUACUGUAUUGCGCUGCGGGCCUACGCCCUGUGCACUAGACGCACAGCACGCAGCUGUAGGGGUGACCUGGUGUACCACUCGGCUGUCUUUCGCAUUAAGGAGCUCUUCUCCCAGUACAACUGCUCCAGUGAUGGGCCCACCUCCUCUGCCAAGGCCCCCAGUACGUCCCGACCCAUCGUCUCUGAGCUGUGCGACUACGAAAGUCGGGUAAUGGCAUCGGGGCCAGCUGUCCAGCAGAAGAAAUAUGCCCACUGUGGAUUAUUUGGAGACCCCCACCUGCGGACUUUUCGCGACGAGUUUCAGACCUGCAAGGUGGAAGGGGCGUGGCCUCUGAUCGAUAACCGCUACUUGUCAGUGCAGGUGACCAAUGUGCCGGUUGUCCAAGGCUCCAGCGCCACAGCGACCAGCAAGAUCACGGUAAUCUUCAAGUCAUACCACGGCUGUACGGAUCAAAAGGUGUACCAGGCCACCACUGAGGACCUGCCCUCAGCCUUUCAGGAUGGGACACGCACCGGCGGCGAAAGCAGGAGCCUGAUGAUUGUGGAGCGGGGAAGCUCCGGAGUGGGCCGGCAGGUGAGGAUCCAAGCUCGCUACAUCGGCACCUCCAUUAUUGUGAGGCGCGUUGGCCACUACCUGACCUUUGCCAUCCGCAUGCCCGAAGACACUUUGGACUUCUCGGAAGAGAACGGCGGGCUGCAGCUCUGCCUGCACGGCUGCCCGCGCAACGAGCUCAUCAAGGAGCACAUGCUAGGCCGUCAGAGCCAGCAGCCACGCCCGCCGGGUUCCGGGCAGGGCAGCAACACCGCACUAGCCCCCCUGCUUCCCCCGCACCAGAUCUACACAGUGGAGCGGGCCACUGCCAAGUGCAGAGACACUCUGCAGGUGGAAGAUGUGUACUUCCAGUCCUGCGUGUUUGACUUGCUGACCACAGGAGAUCCGGAGUUCUCCAUGGCAGCCUAUGGCGCUCUGGAAGACCUCAAAGCGCUGCCUCCCAGUAAACUGAAGCAGAAUUCCCCAAGGACUCCUCGCCUUUCCAAUCGGGGCACAUCGCAAACGUUGGGCACAGCAGUGUCCACCACCCCCUCCCUGAUCUCACUCCUCCUUCUCAUUCUGCUGCUUUCAUAAAAAAAUAAAUAAAUAACAGGAAUCAAAUCAAAGUGGAAGCAUUACCAGCUUGAGGAAUGAGUGCCUAGAGCACAGACAUUUUUAUAUAUACAUAUAUUUUUUUCCCCUGUUGUUUUUCCUGUUGACAAUAUUUGAAGGAUUUAGCACUCAUUUAAGAGGCCAUUGUUGCCUCUUUACAGUUUCUGCAGACUCUCGCAUUUGCCGCUGCAUUUGAGUAAAGCCUGAAUGCACACAAGCACGUGGUUAAGGGGGUUACGUAUGUACUGCUCACUCUGUUUCAACACACACAUCCUGAAAAUUGGAUUGAAAUGAUUAAAAGGAAUCUUUGAAAAAUGUGAAACUCCAGAUGUUAUUGUGCUGAGAUAAAUGCAGCUUGUCAGAAUGAUUUUUUUUGUAAAUAAUUUCCUUUUUUUCCAGCCUCAUGACUGUGGAUAACCUCAAAAGCUCAUGAUUUCUCCGUGUAUUGAGUUGCAUUGGUUGAAAGUGAUCUUGAUUUCAGUGCAUAUUUCUCUUCGGUUAUUAGAUCCUGUAUAUUUCAAUAGUAUCAUUCGGCACUUAAUGGUUUGUAACACUCCCAAGUUCUGUUUGAAUCAGUUAUUUUCUGAAAUUGAUGUAUUUUGUACACAGGAGCCAACAACUAUACGUAAAUACUACCUAUCCAGAAAACACGGAUGUUUUGGUGUGACAUGCUCGACAAUAGACCCUUUUACAGUUGGUAAACAGUGAUCACGUGAUUUAGUAUGCGCGCGCGUUUUGGCAGCAAAAAAUGGCGGAAGUACGGUCAUACCUACAGUUGCUUAAUCCGAAAGAUCGCGAAUGCUACCUCAAGAAAUUAACUUUUAAGUUAACUGUAGUGAGUCUGAUUAUUUCAGAAUAAAAUCAGCCGUGAUCUCUCAGGGAAAUUGGAUGCAUCUGAGCUUAUUUUAAGGUGUUACAGCAAGGGGAGGUAGUUAUGUAAAUGAGAUCAGUUUUUUUAUUUUUAGACCUGUUCUGGCAACCCACGACACAACAAGAUGACAUUUUAAAAAUGUAAAUAUCAAUCGAUCAAAAAUCCUCUUGCACUCUGCAUUGAUUGGAGAUGGAGAAGUUGCCUCUUUUGCUGCCAAAAUGUGCGCGCAUACUAUGCGUGACGUAGGUCAUAAGUGUCUAUACGCCAUCCAAGUUUUGAUAUCUCUGUUGGUUUAGUCAAACACUCCUUCUUCAAGCUGCUUGGCUUCCAGGCUUUUAAAGAAAACAAAAUCUCUAUAUAAUAAUAUAUUGAAAGACUGUAUAUAUGUGUUUAUAUAUUGUGUACAUUUGCCUGUGUAUAGAUGUUUUAACAGUAAUGUUUUACAUUUUUUGUGAUUACUUAGGUUAUUCUGAGUUCUUGUAUAAGAGGGAAACUAAUAUGUGUUGUACCACAUCUGUAAUUUUCUGUAUUAAAAAGUGUUGGACACU